AUGGGAGGAAGUCUCGCUGGGCUUGGCUUUGCAAUGCAGACAAGUCACCCGGCCGAGGGAAAGAAACACCGGGAAGGAGCCAGCGGUCUCUCGGCCUUCUCAGUCCUCCUUCCUGCCUCAACACCUCAGCCGUACCUUACCCUGGGUGCUUGGUAUCCGUACCUAUUCGCGACUACAACACUGAAGAUUCCAGAGACACCCGACCGGCGACAACGAAUACGUCUCGCAGCAUGCUCGAAAGGGAGCCAGGGUGGCACCACAGGUCUCGCGGUUUUAGCUUCCGGUGGCAUGUUUCCUAGAGACCUUGACCCUGUCUGCCCGCUAAGGGUCCUUGGUAGCCUAGCAAGUCUUGGGAGUGUCCCGCUGGAACGGUCGGAAUGGAGACCUGCUUUGGAGCUUAUUCCUGGCGUCGUUCCCGCUGGAGACGCAGGCAAGCCGCAACGCAGGCCCGGGAACACUCGUCACUUCUUCUUGAACCAGCUGGCGCCUCUCGUGGCUGAGCAAAAAGUCACAGUCAUCGCUAUCAAAACUCACGGCAAGACUCCGACCGGCUUGGAUUCCAAACUCAAGGCGGUCUUUCGGGUGGUCUCCAGGCCACUGGAUAUUCCAGCAGUGACCGAAAAGAUUCAUUCCUGCGCCGCCUUCUGUGGCUUGGGCGGCGACUCAAGCCUGAUCGAAUGUGUCGUUGUGUCAUCAGCUACCUUAGGUAGGUCAUUGCUACAGCGAAAAGACUUCAACGAUCGGCACUCAUCGCCCUUCCCGGAUCCCUUCCCGCUUUCUUGGUCACCGGCUGGACUCGUCGACUCGCAGCUUACCCUCCUUGCCUCCUUGAGUUCCUCCAGCUUGGAAAUAACUCCCUGCCUGCCUGCCAACUUCCCGACACUUCGACCUGCAUCUAGAACGUCCUCUUUUCCCUCACCUGCCCCCCUCUCUCCGUCAUCUUCUCUUCAUUCGCUGGCAACGCCGUUAUCUCUGUGUAAUACCCCUUCGUCGUCCCUCAAACUCCACGCCGCACCACUCACUAGAAUUCAAGAUACUGACGUGCCACCUACGACCUUUGGCCUCCUCUUCGUCUUACUACGCAACACUCCGUCCAACUCCGUCUCACGCAAUGAUUUCAUCGCGGCGCAACGUUCGACUUGCCCUGCUGCCCAAUCGACGACGGCCUCCCGUCGUCACAUCCGCGAUGCCACCCUCAAGCGCCCCAUACGACCCCAUCAACACGUGUAG